AUGAACCUGCUGCGCGCAUCGGCGCGCGAGGCGGCGGCCGCAUCGUCCGGCGGCUCGGGGCGUCCCGGUGCCGGCGUGCAGGUGGCGCUGGCGCCGCCAUACACGGCGAUCGACGUCGUGGGUGACGCGAUUCGCGGAUCGGGGCUGCUGCUGGCCGCGCAGGACGUGGCGGCCGCGCACGAAGGGGCGUACACCGGCGAGGUGUCGGCGGCGAUGCUGGUCGACGCCGGAGUGGGACUGGUGAUCGUCGGCCAUUCGGAGCGGCGGCACGGUCUUGGUGAGACCGAUGCCGUGGUGCUGGAAAAGGUGCAUCGAGCAGGUGAAGCGGGCCUGCAGGUGACCCUGUGCGUGGGCGAAACGGGUGACGAACGCGAUGCCGGCCGCGCCGAGGAGGUCGUAGAGCGGCAGGUCGACGCGGUGGUGGACCUCGGCCGGGUGCCGCUGCACGUGGCCUACGAGCCGGUGUGGGCGAUCGGCACCGGGCGCACCGCCACGCACGAGGACGCGCGCAGCAUGCACGCGCACAUCCGCGCGACGGUGGCGGCGAUCGCCGGCCGCGAUGCCGCGGAAGCCCUGAUCAUCCAGUACGGCGGCUCGGUGAAACCGGACAACUCUGCGGCGCUGCUGGCGCAGGACGGGGUCGACGGAUUGCUGGUCGGAGGCGCGUCGCUGGAUGCGGCUUCGUUCGCGGCGGUUGUGCCCUUAUAA